AUGGCUCUCUAUUGGGUAUCAGAAGCGCUACCACUUCCGAUCACUUCGAUUAUACCAAUCGUACUUUUUCCAGUUUUUGGUAUUUUAUCCACAGAAGAAGUUUCAAUGAUAUAUUUCAAAGAGACAAAUGUCAUGUUUUUAGGAAGUGUUAUAUUGGCCAUUGCCGUAGAGCAUUGCAAUUUACAUAAAAGAAUUGCUCUUGGAACAAUGUUAAAAGUUGGAACUAGUCCCAAUAGGCUUAUGUUGGGUUUCAUGGUGACAACAAUGUUUCUAUCAAUGUGGAUAUGCAAUUCAGCAGCUACAGCCAUGAUGACUCCUAUUGUAGCAGCUGUUUUAAAUGAACUCAAACAGGCAUGUUAUUUUUACUUCUCUUCAUUACAAAAAGAAAAUGGUGGAAGGAGGAAAAUAACUCUACCUGAAACGGGUGAAGUUGUUACGUCAAUGCAAGACAGUGGAACUUUUGAUAGCGAAACAAGACGUGAAUCAGCUGCAAAUGUCGAUUUAAGUGUUAUAUUGGCCAUUGCCGUAGAGCAUUGCAAUUUACAUAAAAGAAUUGCUCUUGGAACAAUGUUAAAAGUUGGAACUAGUCCCAAUAGGCUUAUGUUGGGUUUCAUGGUGACAACAAUGUUUCUAUCAAUGUGGAUAUGCAAUUCAGCAGCUACAGCCAUGAUGACUCCUAUUGUAGCAGCUCAAAAAGAAAAUGGCGGAAGGAGGAAAAUAACUCUGCCUGAAACGGGUGAAGUUGUUACGUCAAUGCAAGACAGUGGAACUUUUGAUAGCGAAACAAGACGUGAAUCUGCUGCAAAUGUCGAUUUAAGGAGAGGACAUAAAUUAACCAAGAAUGAAAUAGCAUAUUUUUUGGGUAUUGCAUACGCUGCAAAUAUUGGUGGUACAGGAACUUUUACCGGAACUGCUACAAAUUUAACAUUUAAAGGUAUUUUCGAAAGGUGGAGUGAAAGUUUUUUCAUAACUUGUCAUUCAUAUAAUUUCAGCAUUUUUCCCGAUGCCGAAGCUAUAAAUUUUGCCACUUGGAUGAUAUUCAAUGUUCCUCUCAUGCUUUUCAAUACUUUUUUAGCCUGGCUUUGGCUUCAAAUUUUCUACAUGGGAGAUGGAAAAACGACGGAGGAACAACAAAAGCAAGUUCGAGAACUUAUUAGGCGUAGAUACCGAGAAAUGGGACCAAUAACAUACCAUGAAAUCAAUGUUCUCUGCCUUUUUCUUUUAGAUGUUUUCCUGUGGUUUUUCAGAAAGCCUGAAUUUAUAAGCGGAUGGGGAAAUUUGUUUCCCGAAAAGGUGAUUAAAGAUGCAACACCAGCAAUGGCGAUUGUUAUUUUAUUAUUUAUCUUACCGGCUAAUUUAGAUUUUUUAAAAACAAGUGAAAAAAAUAGAAAAGAAAGUCCUGGUCUUUUAAGCUGGAGAGUUUUACAUCAGAAAAUUCCAUUUGGAAUUAUAUUACUUUUAGGAGGAGGUUUUGCUAUGUCCAAGGCCAGCGAAGUGUCUGGGCUUUCUAAUUAUUUAGGAAAUCAAUUACAGGUCAUUAAUAGAUUUUCGCCGCCAUUUGUUUUAGCCAUAAUAGUUUUAGGUACAACAUUUGCAACGGAAGUUUCCUCUAAUACCGCAGUUGCAAACAUUUUACUUCCAAUGUUGGCAAAAAUGUGUCGUGCCAUUCGUUUGCAUCCUUUAUAUUUAAUGCUACCAACGACGAUAAGUUGUUCGUAUGCUUUUAUGCUGCCGGUUGCAACACCGCCAAAUGCGAUUGUCGUGGCAGCAUCUAAUAUGAAACCGUCAGAUAUGGUAAAAGCCGGUUUAGGUAUGAAUUUAAUUUGUGCCUUUUCACUCAUAAUUACAUUUAUUUUCAUUGCCGUUCCAAUAUAUGGUUUAUCUACUUUUCCCGAGUGGGCCGAAAUCAAAAAUACAACAAUUACUACUUGA